CGGAGGGAUAACGACAACGCGCUCGGCCGCCGUGGGCAAAAGGACGAGCCUCCGAAACACACACGGACCGACAUACACACACACACACACACACAUACACACACACGACACGGACACACACCGGGGCCGGAGGAGCCGAGGCGCCGCCGUGAGCCGUCAAUGGCCACAAUAUCCCCCAAAAAGAAAAAUCCUGCCCGCCAGACUACCUGUGCACCCGAUGCGUCCUGGAAAUCAGGACGCUGCAUGAUAAAUUGAACGUUUCCUUCCACAAGAGAAGUUUUUUUUUCUCCCUUUUUUUAUUUUUUGCGACGUAUUUUGAGGAGGAGAUUUUGAUUUAUUGGCUGCAGUCAUGGACGAAGACAACCAAGUUCCUGAGGACCUGUCUUUGGAGGAAAGAGAUGAGCUGUCAAACAUCCGACGCAGGAAAAAAGAGCUGCUGGAUGAUAUUGAACGGCUGAAGUUUGAGAUCGCAGAGGUGAUGACUGAGAUCGAGCAGCUGACCUGUGUGGGGGAAAGCAAAACCACACAAAGGAACAAACAGAUCGCCAUGGGGAGAAAGAAGUUUAACAUGGACCCCAAGAAGGGAAUUCAAUUUCUUUUGGAGAACGAUCUUCUCCAGAACACCCCAGAGGACAUUGCACAGUUCCUCUACAAAGGCGAGGGCCUUAACAAAACGGUUAUCGGGGACUACUUGGGGGAACGUGAUGACUUUAACAUCAAGGUCCUCCAGGCGUUUGUGGAACUUCACGAGUUUGCAGACCUCAACCUUGUUCAAGCCUUAAGGCAGUUUCUGUGGAGCUUCAGACUUCCAGGCGAAGCCCAGAAGAUUGAUCGAAUGAUGGAGGCGUUUGCCUCCAGGUACUGCCAAUGCAAUCCCGGCGUCUUCCAGUCCACAGACACCUGCUACGUCCUCUCAUUCGCCAUCAUCAUGCUGAACACCAGCCUGCACAAUCCCAACGUCAGAGACAAGCCCCCGGUGGAGCGCUUCAUCUCCAUGAACAGAGGGAUCAACGAGGGGGGGGACCUCCCAGAGGAGCUUCUCAGGAAUCUAUACGACAGCAUCAAGAGCGAACCCUUUAAGAUCCCGGAGGACGACGGGAAUGACCUGACGCACACGUUCUUCAACCCAGACAGAGAAGGCUGGCUGCUGAAAUUAGGGGGUCGAGUGAAAACCUGGAAGAGAAGGUGGUUCAUCCUCACGGACAACUGCCUCUACUACUUCGAGUACACAACUGAUAAGGAACCUCGUGGGAUCAUACCACUGGAGAACCUCAGCAUCAGGGAGGUGGAGGAGCCAAGGAAACCUAACUGCUUCGAGCUGUAUAAUCCCAAUCACAAAGGCCAGGUGAUCAAAGCCUGCAAGACGGAGGCCGAUGGGCGUGUUGUGGAGGGAAAUCAUGUGGUAUACAGAAUAUCUGCGCCCACGCCUGAGGAGAAAGAAGAGUGGAUUAAAUCCAUUAAGGCGAGCAUCAGCAGAGAUCCCUUCUACGACAUGCUGGCCACCAGGAAAAGACGCAUCGCCAACAAGAAGUGAGGAGCGGCGGCGCUCUCGCCCUCCGCUCUCCUCCCAUCUUCUUCCCCUCCUUUCGGCUCAUGAACUCAUAAACCACACACGGCAGAGCUGGUUGACCAGAAAAAUGACUGUUGGCCACACAACUGGCUUCACCCCCGAAGAACAAACCUCAGUUUACUCUCCGGACUGACUGCCCGGUGUGUGUGUGUGUGUGUGUGUGUGUGUGUUGGGGACACGUCAAACACACAACCGAGGCAGCGUAGCUCCAAGAAUCUCAGUUUUGUGGAUCUUGCAUGGAGCUGCAAGAACAAGGAACCAGCCAGUUUUAUUUCCCCCCCCUCCAUCUCACACAGCACCUCCACUCUCAUGGUUACAUAAUGUUUCUAGGUCUCCCUAAAGCACAACUGCCAUGUUUCAGGUGCACAUGCAUGCAUGUGGGUUAUUAUAGACCGAUUAACGUUUGUGUUUGUGUGUGUGUGUGUGUGUAUGUAUGCAGCAGUGUGCAUGCUAUCGGUGCACACAGCAUCUGCUGUAUGGGUGCAUAAGUGAUGCAAGUGUUCCCUCCACUGUGCUUUAUGAAAAAAGGUUGCUGUAAUUCAGAAGGGGAGUCGGGACGAACGGCGCUCCAAAUGUCAGAGCGACUCGCGGAGGAGGAGACGGGCGAUGAUAUCAGGGCGGCAGUGAUUGAGUCGGCGCAGUAUCGCCUCAUCUGGUGCUUGUUGUGAACUCACUCCGGGUUUGAAUUCUCCUCUCCAGGUGCCACGGCUGCCUGAGAGUAACUUCAGAAGGAGAAAAAAAAAAAAAACACAGCUGGCGUACAGUUUCUAAGAACGCAUUACAGUCUUGAGUCAGCUGGACUGAUUUCAUUUAUUCAUGUGGAGCAGAGAAUUCUGAAAUGUGCAUACUUUUUGAUUUCGUUGAGUAUCAGCGGUGCUCUGACUGAGGCUUAAGAGUAAACUCUCUGUCUGGACUUGAAAGUUGUAAUCCUUAAGAUUUCAGUCCUUGAUUUGACGAGAUUAGUGUCGCUUUCAUGAUUGCUGCAGUCGGUUUUCUUUCUUCAUUUUACAAAUAUUAAAAGUCACCAGCACACAGGCACUUAGGUUUCUAUAAUGUAAGUUCAUACACUAUCAAUACUUCAUCAAUGUUUAAUUCGUGUGAGUCAGGAAAACCAUUGACUCUGCCACUAAAAACAUAAAGCAGAAACACUUAAUGGCUGAUAGAGGAAUAAAGCUCCCUCUAAUUUCUCAAGUAUCUUAAGGAUUAUAACUUUAAAAGUACUUUCCAUUGCGGAAGUCUUCAGUCUAACAGGUGGGUUUUAUUCAUGGCUGAACACGAACCAAUAGGUACCAGUCCAGUUAAGCUUCUGUUAUUUCCUUGUUUAUGGCCGAUGUCAGUGAAGGUCGGUGUGUCGUGAUCCUGUUAGAAUUUGGUUUGUACUCCUGAAGAAUCCUUGCUUGCUUUUUGUGUUCCUCCCUUAAAAAAAAAAAAAAAAAAA